UCAACUUCUAACUAAACGGGGUCGUUUUCACCAAAAUAACCGCAAAUCGGCAGGUGGAAGAUGCUCGCGGCCAGUGUGAUAAAACGGCCAAGGAAUCCGAAAGGUUGAGUAAUGGUGUAGGAAAAGGAACCAGAGACGAGAGAGGAAAGUGAUAAAGAUGGCGUUGGCGAGAGGAGCGACCCUCAACCAUAUGUCCAGAGAAUCCUCUGAUAUAAGGCGUCUUUCUAAUUUUUACAAAGAGGUCCGGUUGACUGAAAUCUAUAACUAGGUAUUUGGUUUCGAGGAGAUAGAGAGCCCGAGUUUCAAGGAGUUUAAGGUGAUUUGGCUGAACCUCCCUGGAGCAUUCACGAUGCACCUCAUUGAGCGAAGUCUCCUUACGAAGCUUCCAGAAAGUCCCUAUAGCGCCACUUCUCCUGUUCUUGACCCAAGCCAUCUCCCAAGAGGCCAUCAUAUCUGUUUCUCUGUCUCCAAUUUCGAUUCCUUCGUUCAAUCUCUCAAGAUGAGCCAAGAACAACCUAGUAGGCCUCUCAGGGACGAAGAACCUGUCCGAUACGGCGAUGUUUUCCCCGUCUCUGGGGAUCUUGCAUCCAGGCCAGUGGCCCCUGAAGAUGCUGCCAUGAUGCAGUCUGCUGAAACCAGGGUGCUUGGACAGACCCAGAGGGGCGGACCAGCUUCUGUCAUGCAGGCUGCAGCCACCCAGAAUGAGCGAGCUGGUUUUGUCGGUCACAGGGAUACCAGUGAUAUUGCCGGAGACCGAGGUGUCACCGUCAGACGGACUGAAGUUCCCGGUGCCCGCAUCACCACCGAGUCAGUUGGCGGACAGGUUGUUGGUCAGUACGUGGAGCCAACGCCAGUUGGAACAGUGGUCGGCGGGACAGUGGCGGUGGAUGCUGCGGAGCAGGCUGCAAUAACCAUAGGAGAAGCACUGGAAGCAACGGCACAAACAGCCGGUAAUAAACCUGUCGAUCAAGGCGAUGCCUCUGCAAUUCAAGCAGCAGAAGUUAGAGCAACGGGCAGCAAUGUCAUUAUCCCAGGCGGUCUUGCCUCUUCUGCUCAUUCUGCUGCAGCUUAUAAUGCCACAGUGGACCGCGAUGUAGACAAGAUUAAGCUCGGCGAUCUUCUAACGGGUGCUACGGGGAAACUACCGGCUGAUAAAGUGGUGACGAGGCAGGAUGCGGAAGGGGUGGCCAGUGCAGAAUUAAGGAAUAAUCCGAAUAUGGAAACGCAACCAGGUGGAGUUGCAGCGUCUAUGGCUGCUGCUGCUAGACUCAACGAGGCCACCAUGUGAUAUAUCGUAUAGAGCUACUUAGUGUAUAUCAGUCAGUUUCAAAGGGGGAUGGAAUGGAAUAACGGUAGCAUGAUAUGAUGUGAAUGUUCUUGUAGCGUACUAGAGACUGCGUGUUUGUUUUUUCUAUGGAGCUCGGUGGUAUAGUGUUGAAUCAUGUAAAACUUUUAGCUGCUGAUGAUCAUCACAAAUUUUGGUUUGCUUUUAAUUUUAUCUCCUGUAAGCAGUUGGACAAUUUUAUAUGCAAGUGAGAAGAUUGCUGGUGGUUGAGUAUC